AUGAAUCCGUACAACACCAACAACACCAACCCUGGCUACAAUUAUUCGCAGCAGACGCCCGGUCCACCGCAGCCUCAAUGGCAAGCACCUUCACGGAGAGGAUGGGGCGAUCCGAGAAUACAGCAACAGCCAACGUCCCCUGUCUCUCCGUACGGCCAGACCUCAUUAAAUUCCUUUGGACCGCCUCUACCACCGCCUCCACCACCACCGCCUCCUCCUUCCACGCAGCAGUCUCAGUAUGAUACAUCCGCAUGGGGCGUCCGCUACAAUCAAGGAUUGGUACCCCAACCAUAUGAAGAGAAGCCUCCCCUUCCACCGCGGCCAGAGAGCGCAGCAGGCCGAAUCAGCCCGCAGCCUGGUCACGGACACGGCCACGCUCACAACCAGUCUCUGAGCUCCUCUCACCAGCCGCCGACCUCCUCUACCACCACCACCCAUCCUUCGACCCAGCAACCGCAUUACGCAACCUCAUGGGGAGAUCCCUAUCAAGCGAAUCUGUCUCCUCAACAGUCCACCUUCCCUCCUCCUCCGCCCCCACGACCAGCUGAGUAUCAGGCACAGGCGCAGGCACAGGCACAGGCACAGGCUCCAGUAUCUGCACCACCACCACCACCAGUAGUGCAGCCUCUUUACAACCGGGUCAGCACUCCGCAUCAAGAAUACUCGCACCACCCUCCCUCUCAUCAGUACGACCCUGCGCCCCAGCAUCAAUGGGGACCACCACAACCCGCAGGCCCUUCCUACUAUCCCACAGCGCCGCCCGCGGCCCAGGUCUCCGCGACUGUGGAUGCCCCGUUGGUCUCUCCGAUAGAGGGAAGCAAUGUCUACUGGGGUCAUCAAGGACAUGGGAGUACGGCCGGUCAGAAGGCGAACGAUAAGCAAAAUCAAUCACAAGCCCUUAGUUUUGGUGGUCCUUCCGAUUGGGAGCACUAUGAGAGCAAUCCUCCGUUAGAGACACCAACCAGCCCUCCAAUUCCUGCUGUGACUGCAUACUACCAUGACCAACGUGUCCCAUCGCCUGCCCCUACACCUGCCCCGCCAGCGGUAUCUACGUCCCAUACUCCAUUGUCAAUGACCGGGCGCCCUACGUCGCCAGUCGAGAUCGGUCCUAACAGCCCUGUUACGCCACGGAAAGACUCUCGGGCACACCCACAAGGAAGUGCCGUUGCCGUUCAACCGCCUCAACCCGUUGAAGAGAGACCGUCUUCAUCUGGCCACCCCUCAGUUCGCUCGGAUAGCCUGAACAUGAACGGCAAUGGGAAUAUUGACAGUGUCAUUCAAGCCUGGACUAGCCCUCUUAGGCCUAGCCAUCCUCCAGAACAGACUGUCCGGCCGGAAUCUCGUACCUCAGGUCGUGUGGCAUCUCCAGAGCUCUCCCCUACCGCUAAAGUGGUCGACCCCUACGCCGACCUCGAGCCAGAAUUCAAAGCUUCUUUGAAGAGAUAUGGCGCCAUGCUGCGGAAGGAGUCGGGUGCCGAGUCCGAUGAAGCCAAGUUUGACAUUUUCCAAGCCUUCGUCAAGAAGGAACUUCGACUGAGGAGCUUGUUGUACGGUAUCGAACUGCCCAAUGAGACGAAGGAUGCGGCCAAGGCCAUUCCGGCGGAGACGGCCAGAGCGAUUGAGAGUGUCAGGCAGGAGAAACCUGCAAUUGAGCAGCCUCAACCCCCGGUUGCCGAGGCUGCGAGCAAACCUACACAAAUUCCAGUGCCUCCUCCUACCGCCACCAAGCCAGUGGAAGAUGUGCCUCAAACUUUCCAACCUGCUCGACCGUCAGCCCCGCCAGUUGUGACAAAGCCCGUGCUUGAAGCACGACGGCCGUCCAAAGAUGAAUCCUUCGUUAUCCUGGAUUCUGGAGGCAAUGAGGAUGGGGAAUAUAGUCCUGGUGGCCGUCCCAGGAUGGUUAAGAAACCGCCGGUAACCACUGCCCCGCCCGCUACGGCUGUCGACACUUUUCCUCCUCGUGGUCAAAGCCUUCCGAAGAAGCCUGAUACUGAUGCACUGUCGCCGAGCAUCAAUGCCCCCAUGGUUAUUGAUGAUUAUCGAACACCAGGACCUCCUUCCCCUGGGAUUAAUGCCCCUAUCCUUGUCCUUCCAGAAAUGGCACCUCCAUCCGGUGCAUCUGGGACAUCGACGCCAGGCAACAAGCCUAGUAAACCAAUCAAGUUCGAACCUGCUCGACCAGCUUAUACGCCAUUUCGCUACAGCGCUGCGACUCGGGAAGAGAAGCCAACACCUUUGCAGCCAGCAGAUAAAGCUUAUUCAACCUUGCGACAUUCGGUAAUAGAUUCAGGUCGGUUGAUGAAAGCGGACAAUUUGAUACCUCCUGCUCGGCCGAGUACAGCAAGUGGCAAGAGAGAGCAUGAAGAAGCCUUCAUCGGACUGAUUCGACAACAGAGUAUGGCUGUAAGGCAGAAAACGCCCGGUCCUGGGGGCAUACCUGGGGCUAUCCGACCCGGUGGUGCCGAUGCUGCACGUCGCCCACCACCUCCUUCGAUGAGAGUCGGAACACCAGCCAAUGCCUCACCCAAAGACCCAUUGAAGCAAGCUGUGAUGGGUCUGAGGUCAAUUCUACCGAUCGAAGCUCCCCCGGCGACUCCAAUCGAAGGUCCUGGACACCCCAAGCUGAAAAUGGUCAAAGCAAAGGUUGACGAUGUCCUUGAUGAAUUCGGAUUCAUUCAUGCAAAGGUUGUUGAGUGGGAUAAAACCAAUCGGGUAGUCCGAAACGAGCAAGAUGCUGAACGCCACGCUCGGCAAGUCGAGUCUGAAGCCCACAUUGAUGGGCUUUUCAAUGAUAAUGAAAUUGGCUAUGCCGACAUUGGUAAUCUUGAGGCCGAGUUCAAGCUGUCAGAGGCUGAAAGGAGAUUCCGGGAGAACCAAGAAGAGCUCGAGUCUUUCACAACACAAGUCUUCAAUCCAGUCACUGAGAGGUUACAAAAGGAGAUUGCUGAGUUAAUGACGGCAUACACGUUGGCAAUUGACUUGCUCGACCUAGAAAGCGAGCCUGUCAGUCGUCUAUUCAAGGGCAACAAUGAAAAACCACGUAUGUCUGAUGUGAUGAGUUGUGUUCUGGCCCUUUUCAACAAGAUCGAAAUCCGCCAUCAGAAGGUCGCAGAAGCACAGGUGGAACGAGAGCGGCGACGCAAACAUCUCGAGUUGACCGUCCUCUACACAAAUGGUGACACAGCGGGUGUCAAGACUCUUGAGAAGGAUUUCGCUGUCGCUGAGAAGCUUCAAGUCUUGCAUGAGGCGCGCGGAAAGGACAAUCGAGCUAAUAAGCUGAUGGACUCUUUCGACCGUGCCACCGUUCGCGGACUGGGCGAUAAUCAAACCUUCGUCGAUGAUCUUCUGACCAAAUUGCAGGAACUGAACAAAGUCAUCGCCAACGGAGCCGCCUCCCAGAAUCCUGACAGCGGCGAAACCCUCUACGAAAGGGACGGGGCGCGCGAUACACUCACGCUAGCCCAAGAGGUCGUCAAUACGGUGAUUACCGACUCACGACGUCUCCUGGCCCUCUCAAACGAAGCCGACGUGCUCCUCAAUGAAUCCGACUUCGGUGUCUCCGUGGCAGAGGCCCGCACCGCCAACGCCGACACAGCGACGUACGCCAAGCUCGAGUCCGAAAAAGCCAAAGAAGACGCCAAGCUCGUCCAAGAAAUGAACACCCGCGUCAACAGCGUCAAUAAGUCUCCGGCGGACGCGCUAGUGUUGAUAAAGGACCUGAUCGAUGGGAUUGGGAGUGAUCCGGACCAUAAGGAUCGCAUAAAGAAGGCCCUCGAGGCGGCGAAGCAGCGGAAUUCUUAG